AAUAAAAUAUUACCUUUUCCACAAGAGUAAAUGUAAGGGAAAAAAAAUAUUAAAAAAAUCCUUCAUUUUCUCUUCAUUCUCAAAGUUUCAAAAUCAAGAAAUGCACAUCACAUCUCAAUAUGCAAUUUGAGAUGUGUGUGUUGUGUGUAUAUUGUAUAAUUUGACCAUAAUGUUGAAGAAAAUGGAAAUUUCAAGAAAUGGGUGUUUGAUUAUUUUGUUGUUGUUGUUGGUUUUAAUGAUUGUUGUAGAUGUGAAUGGUGAAAAUUUGGUGUUUAAAGUGAAGCAUAAAUAUGGUGGUUCAAAAGGCUCAAUUUUGAAUGAUCUUAAAGAACAUGAUAGUCGACGCCAUGAUAGAAUGCUUACAGUUAUUGACUUCAAAUUGGGUGGCAAUGGCUUGCCUACAGAUGCUGCGCUCUAUUACACUAGGAUAUCUAUUGGAACACCUCCAAAGGAUUAUCAUGUCCAGGUUGAUACUGGAAGUGACAUUUUAUGGGUGAAUUGUGCUGGCUGUGAGGGAUGUCCUACAAAAAGCGACCUCGGGAUAGACUUGAUGUCAUAUGACUCAAAAGCCUCUGCAACUGGGAAAUCUGUUAAAUGUGAUGAAGAGUUUUGCAUGCUCAACACUCCCUAUUCCGAUUGCAAGACCGGAAUGCCAUGUGAUUAUCAGGUUAGUUAUGGAGAUGGUAGCAACACAGCCGGAUACUUUGUGAAGGAUGAUAUUCAGUUUGAUCAAGUAUCAGGAGACCUAAAAACAACGUCUAUGAACGGGUCUAUAGCAUUUGGGUGCUCGUCUAAACAAUCUGGAGAGCUAGGUGCAUCUGGUCAAGCAGUUGAUGGAAUACUUGGUUUUGGACAAGCAAGUUCAUCCGUAAUUUCGCAGCUAGCUGCCACAGGGAAGGUGAAGAAAAUAUUUGCACAUUGCCUGGACGGAAAGAAUGGAGGUGGCAUAUUCACAAUUGGACCAGUAGUUCAUCCGAAAGUAAACUCAACACCACUAGUCCCCGAUGCGCCACAUUAUAAUGUUAUUAUGAAAGGAAUUGAUGUUGGUGGUCAAGUUCUAGACAUUCCCACAACUAUGACAAUAAUUGACAGUGGGACAACCUUGGCAUAUCUUCCAAACACAGUCUACAAUGCUCUCAUCGACAAGCUUAUGGAACGGCAACCACAGUUGAAUAUUGGUCUUGUUGAGAGGAGUUUCCACUGCUUUGACUACACUGGGAAGAUUGAUGAUGGGUUCCCAGUUGUAACUUUUCGGUUUGCAGAUUCGCUUUCUUUGACAGUUUAUCCCCACGAUUAUCUUUUCCAAAUCAAAGAGACUAAAUGGUGUAUUGGUUGGCAAGACAGCGGAGUGCAGACAAAGGAUGGAAAGGAAGUAAUGCUGUUAGGAGAUCUUGCGUUAUCAAACAAGCUAGUUGUAUAUGAUAUUGAAGAACAGACCAUUGGUUGGACUGAAUAUGACUGCUCUUCAAGCAUCAAACUCAAAUAUGAGGAAAAUCCAGGUAGCUCACAAAACCAAACGUAUACCGUGGCUUCUCACAAUAUUUCAUCAGCUCCUAUUGUGGAUUCGAAGAAGUUUUUUACGUUCUUGAUAAGCAUCUCCAUCUUGUUCAAUUUGUUGAAGUGAUAACAGAAACAACUGUACAGUGAGUAAUUUUUGCACCAUAACAUUCAGCAAAUUGAAGGUCUGGGCGCGUUUCAUCGGCAUAUUAUCCUCUUUGAUUACUUCUGAUGAAACUGUUAUUAUCAGUUUUUCUUCUGUGCAAAACAUGUAAGAAUCAUUCAUAUAGAAGAUGGUCAAGUAUUUAUCUUUUCUCUUGGGACGUUCCCAUAGAUGAUUGCUUUAUUAGUUAGUAGUUAGUAUUUUCUGUGGAGAUCUCCCAAUCAUUAGUUUGUAUCAAUGUGAAGGUCAAGUAAUUCCAACAA